CCGCGUGGUCUUGGCCAAACCAAACCAAACCGGCAAUCCCUCCGCCGACGCCGCUCCCACCAAGGCACCAGCAGCUUGGCAAAUCCUCUGAUCCCGGCGCCCGCCGCCAUGGACGGGGAGGAGGCUUCCUGCGCGGAGAUGGAGGCGCUCGUCCGCCGCCUGAGGCUCCACCGGCCGGCUCCCUCCCCGUACGAGCCCUCCGACGCGGUGGCCCCCGCUCCCGGCGCCGGCGCCGGCGAGCUGUUCCGGCCGCGGAGGGCCGCCGUGCUGGUCUGCCUCUUCCGGAGCGCCGCCGGCGAGCUCCGCGUCAUACUCACCAAGCGCUCCUCCUCCCUCUCCACGCACUCCGGGGAAGUUGCAUUACCAGGUGGAAAGGCUGAGGAGCGCGAUGCUGAUGAUGCAGCAACAGCAUUAAGGGAGUCAAAAGAGGAGAUUGGGCUUGAUCCAGCCCUGGUUACCAUUGUUACAUAUCUUGAACACUUCUUGUCCAAACAUCUUCUGGUAGUUGUUCCUGUUGUUGGCAUACUUUCAGACAUACAAGCAUUUAAACCUGUUCUUAAUGUUGCUGAGGUGGAUGAAAUUUUUGAUGUUCCUCUGGAGAUGUUCCUCAAGGAUGAGAACCGGACAUCUGAUGAGCUAGAAUGGAUGGGGCAGCCAUUCACACUUCAUCACUUCACGUACGACAAAGGAAAUGAGAAUUACAUAAUCUGGGGCCUGACUGCCGGCAUCCUGAUCCAUGCUGCUUCAGUUGUAUACCAGCGACAACCGGACUUUCCUGAGAAAAGAGCACAGUUUAACUUGCCAAAGAACUCAAAGGAGUGUUACUCCAUGCCAUCAUCAGGACCUGUGAAACACUAACCUCUACACGGCAUCUCAAUUAUAUCAGAUUGGAGCAUAUGACAGACUAGUGCAUAUGAAGUUGUAGAAUCGAAGGGGAGUGCAGAAUCGUGUUCUUUCAUACGAUUUAUAUUCUUUAAAACCGAAAUAGGGUAACGACACUACUGACAUUAAGACCAAUGUUACUAAUAUCAGAGUACACAGAUGAUUGUCCCGCUGAUGCGAACAAAGCACCUGCUCUAAUGAAAUUUGAUUAUAUGCAAGUCAGAUUGUACUA